GUUUCCAACGCUUCGCUCUUCAUUGUUGGAAAUACGAAACGAAAAGAUACGGUAACAACGAAACGAGAAGUCGACUUAACUAUCCCUAAUGGCUAUUAUAAAGUGGACUAUUUUUAUUUUCAUUAUUUGUAUAAUCCAUAUAAAACUUGUAAAAGGUGAAAUAAAUGGCCAACUACUAGACGAGCAUCAAGAAAAUAUGGAUAGAGAAACAGAAGUACAACAUACAAACAGCAAGGAAUUUCCAAUUGUGCCCGCACAAAAUUCCAUACAGCCGCCACAUCCAAGGAGACAUUCAAAAGCCAAAAGACGCAUGAAAAGAAGAUUUAAAUGUCUAUCAUGCGAUGCACCCUGCCACAAUGCAACCCAACAUUCCCACAUGUGCCUGAAUGCAAUGCAGUGCUACAAGUCGCGUAUACGUGAUUCAUUUGGCGAAGAGAGGGUUAAUCGUGGCUGCAUUAUGUCGCCCGAACAAAUACCCCUCUAUUGUAAUCACAAUUUGGGUAAUAAUUUUGGGGGGCCGCGCAAACGUAACACCCAGACCUUUAUCAAUCUGGAAUGUUGUACGGGAGACUAUUGUAAUGAUGGCGACUUUCCAGAACUGCCACCUCCAGCCGAUGAAGUAACCCAUUUAAACGCCGAUAGCAGCAACAUAUUGAAAAUGUCAAUUGCAAUAUUCGGACCCUUUGUGAUUAUAUCAAUUUUGGCCUAUGUUGCAAUUUAUUUCAUAAGACGUAAUCAUCGUAAACGUUUGGAGUAUUCACGUACAAAACAAGAUCCCGAUUCAUAUUUGGUUAAUGAUGAACUACUACGUGUCACAAGUGCUGGCGAUAGUACCUUAAGGGAAUAUCUGCAACAUUCGGUGACAUCUGGUUCCGGAUCCGGCAUGCCGUUGCUUAUACAAAGAACUUUGGCUAAACAGGUUACCUUGGUGGAAUGUAUCGGCCGUGGCAAAUACGGAGAGGUAUGGCGUGGUCAUUGGCAUGGUGAAAAUAUUGCUGUCAAGAUUUUCUUCAGUCGUGACGAAGAAUCCUGGAAACGUGAAACUGAAAUUUAUAGCACUGUUCUUUUGCGUCAUGAAAACAUAUUGGGUUUCAUUGGCUCCGACAUGACAUCGCGUAAUUCUUGUACACAAUUGUGGCUAUUGACCCAUUAUUAUCCCCAUGGAUCGCUGUUCGAUCAUUUGAACCGUAAUGCCUUAAGUCAUCGUGAUAUGAUUUUAAUAUGCCUUUCCAUUGCUAAUGGUCUGGUACAUUUGCAUACAGAAAUUUUUGGUACAGAGGUAAGUGAACUCUUCUCUUCGCGUACAUUGAUAAGAAAUGUCAUUAAUGUUUUGCUUUUUGUUUUACAGGGUAAACCUGCCAUGGCUCAUCGUGAUUUAAAAUCAAAAAAUAUUUUGGUCAAACCAAAUGGUACAUGUGUUAUUGCUGAUUUUGGCUUAGCUGUUAUGCACUCAAAUGUUACGGGCAAAUUGGAUUUUGGUAAUAAUCCGAAAGUUGGUACAAAACGUUAUAUGGCUCCAGAGGUCUUGGAUGAAAGCAUUGAUAUGUACAAUUUUGAGGCUUUAAGACGCACCGAUAUCUAUGCGCUAGGCUUAGUUAUAUGGGAGGUAUGUCGACGUACAAUAUCAUGUGGAAUUGCUGAAGAAUAUAAAGUACCCUACUACGAUGUAGUACCAUCAGAUCCGAGUUUUGAAGAUAUGCGUAAAGUUGUUUGUGUGGACAAUUAUCGACCAUCCAUACCAAAUCGAUGGAGCUCUGAUCCGCUUAUGGCAGGUAUGUCCAAAUUAAUGAAAGAAUGCUGGCAUCAAAAUCCAAAUGUACGUCUACCUGCUUUGCGUAUUAAAAAGACUAUUAGCAAACUGGCUUCCGCAGAUGAAAAAUUGCGUCUGGAUUAUGAUGAAGUUUGCGUUUAGGUGCAUAUAUUAAAACAAGAGUUAUACAUUAGUUGUAUCUAAAUCUAUAUAGUGUUGACAGUUUGUAAAGAAUUUGUCGUUUAAGACAUAGAAAUUAAAAAAAAGAAAAUUUCAAACUGAUCUAAACAAAUUGCAAUUUUAUCAUAAGGUACUGCAUAUAUUUCAAGUGUAAUAAUUCAAUAUUUUAUACUGUUAUAUAGUUUACACUCAAUAGCAUUACAAGUAUAAGUAAGAAGAACAAGUUAUUAAAACUAAACCGACGCAAAUGUAUAAUCAGGUUAUUAUACUAAUUAUGGGACUUGAUUAACAAAGUCCUUUGAAUAGAUUGGUACCUAUCUAAAAGCAGGAACCCACAUCUCUUGAAAAUACAUAAAUUUUUAUUUGUUUCAUCUAAAUAUUUUGCCUUACACCGAGAACUAAACAAAAACCAAUCCAGCCUUCUAUGUAUUUGAAAUAAGAUAAAAUACUAUUUUGAAAUAGUGCCUUUACUUUAAAGCUUAAACACUAUAUGCCUUACAACAAACAAUGAUGUAUAAUAACAACCUAACACUAAGCUAUGUAGCCUAACUAAUUUUAUACCAUAGUCAUUAUUAUUUUCGCAGCUUUAUUCAUGCUUCCAUUUAUAUUUACAUUUGUUAUCUUACCCCUCACACUGUCUGUCUUCAUGUGCCAUUUUCAAAAUCCAAUUUUUCAUUGAUUUGUGAUCAAUAACACAGCAUUUUCAUUUUGCAUACUAUUUUCUUCAUUGUAUUUUCAAUUCAAUAAAUAGACAUAUAUAUUUAGUUUUAUACAAUAAUAUGUAUUGUAUUGACUAGCAACAUAUUGAAUUAAUUAAUGAUAUCAUCCAAAAAAACAAAAACAUAUUUGAUACAUUUUAUAUAGAGAAAGAAUCGUAUUGACAUUACUAAUAACAAUGUAUUCAUAAAUUCUGUACAAAGAAAUAUACAACUUAAUUUUUUUAACUGAAAUAAAAUACAAAUAAAUGUUAAUAGUAAUAGAAUAACAACAAGAAAACAAAUUAGUGUGUACUUCGAUUUAGUGUUAAUAUAAAAAGUAAAUAAUAUAUAUACACAUUUUUUUUAAGAUAAGUAAUACCACUUGAUAAGAAAUUAUUAUUAAUAAUAAAAUACAGUAGUUGUAAUCAGUUAAUAAGAUAA